GGAUGCUUUAAUUAGUAUUUCCGGGGUCGUGGUUGUCUCGUAGUCACGCUGCCAGUGCCAAAACCAAAACCAAACAGUUGACAGUCACUAACAGACGAAUAGGUGGCGUUUAGAGCUAUGUGGUGGUGUUUUUCUUGAGGCUCAGAGAAGCACAGUCAUGAAGAAUAGAGGUGCAGGUUGGCUGGAUGGUCGGCUCAGACAGAGAGUGGAGCAGUAUCUGGCGUCCAGCAACAGUGAAUAUGUGGACCUGUCGGCCUUGGCAGAGGAGCUUCAGAAACUGUACAGAAUGGAAUAUGGCAGAAGGAACAAGACAGCUUUCAGGAUUCAAGUGGAGAAAGUAUAUGAAGCAAUCAUGAAGGAGUCUGGGCUGAACGACCUGGAGAGCAAACACUUGGCUAAGAGAGCCAAGCACAGCCACAAUGACACUGGUGAUGGUGGCAGCAGCAGCUCAGAAGAGUCCUCCGACAGUGAUGACCACAUUCUGGAGAACACUCCCACCAACCACAUGAACAGCUCUCUAACAUCCCUGUACCGAAAGGGACAGCCUGACUCCAGCACCUGCUCACCCAGGAGAGAUCAGCCUGCUGCCGGCAGUCCCGCCAGCACGGCCAAUCCCCCUCCCAGUGCAGGGACGCUGGUUUCCACAGGAGGCUGGUUCAUUGAUAGAGGCAGGGGCCCCGAGAAGAGCAUCCUCAUCGACCUGUGUGAAGAGGAGCCAAGUAAUGCAGCAACAAAUCAGACAGAUGUCUCCAUGCUGGAGCCUGACAAAUCUCACAAAAAGUCCAAAAGAAGGACAAAGAAAUCCACUGAAACUACAGAGUCUCGCCCCCUGAACAAGACAGCAAAAUCAAAGUCACCGGAGCUGCAGUAUCCCACUCUGAAGUUUGAAGAUGUAGGAGGGAAUGAAGAGACGUUAACGGAGGUCUGUAAGCUGCUGAUCCACAUUCGUCACCCUGAGGUGUACCAGCAGCUGGGAAUGGUUCCUCCGAGGGGCUUCCUCCUCCACGGACCUCCUGGCUGUGGAAAGACCCUUCUGGCCCAGGCUGUGGCUGGGGAGCUGCAGCUGCCCAUGUUGAAGGUGUCUGCUCCAGAGCUGGUGUCUGGAGUGUCUGGGGAGUCUGAACAGAAGCUCAGAGAGCUGUUUGACCUGGCUGUGAGCUCUGCCCCAUGUAUCCUGUUCAUAGAUGAGAUAGAUGCCAUCACCCCCAAGAGAGAGGUGGCCUCCAAAGACAUGGAGAGGAGGAUUGUAGCCCAGCUGCUAACCUGCAUGGACGACUUGAACAGUCACAGUGAAGCUCAGGUACUGGUCAUCGGUGCCACCAACAGGCCAGACUCCCUGGACCCCGCCCUCCGCAGAGCCGGACGCUUCGACAAAGAGAUCUGCCUGGGUAUCCCCGAUGAAGCAGCUCGUCUCAGGAUCUUAAAGACAUUGUGUCGAAAGCUGAAGCUGCCGGUGGACUUUGACUACCAGCAGCUUGCCCGGCUCACCCCGGGCUAUGUGGGCGCAGACCUCAUGGCUCUGUGCCGCGAAGCUGCCAUGAGCGCUGUAAACCGGGUUCUGCUGGACAGUAGAGGACAGCCCCGGAGCCAAAGCCAGAGCUCCACUGAAGAUCUGUUACCAAGCACAGUUCAGUCUGAUGGUGCUGCGAUAGACGGAGAGGCUGCAGAGCAACAGACAACGAUCAACCCAGUACCUCAGAAAGAGUUGGGACAGAAGCACCUGCAGCAGGGGGAGCUGUGGCAGCUGCUUGACCUGCUGAAGAACACAGAGAUGCUGUCAGAGGAAGAGCUGGCAAGCCUGUCCAUCCUCAUGUCAGACUUCCAGGCCUCUCUGGCCAGUGUCCAGCCCUCAGCCAAGAGGGAGGGCUUCGCCACCGUGCCUGAUGUCACCUGGGAGGAUGUAGGCGCCCUGCAGGACAUCAGGGAGGAGCUCACCAUGGCCAUACUGGCUCCAGUGCGUUCUCCAGAGCAGUUCAAAGCCCUGGGGCUCAGUGCUCCAUCUGGUGUGCUGCUCGCUGGUCCUCCAGGAUGUGGAAAAACACUGCUGGCCAAGGCAGUGGCCAAUGAGUCAGGCCUCAACUUCAUCUCUGUCAAGGGUCCAGAGCUGCUCAACAUGUAUGUGGGAGAAAGUGAGCGGGCUGUCAGACAGGUCUUCCAGAGAGGACGCAACUCGGCUCCUUGUGUCAUCUUCUUUGAUGAGAUCGAUGCUCUGUGUCCUCGGCGCUCAGGCCAUGAGUCAGGAGCCAGUGUGCGGGUGGUCAACCAGCUGCUCACAGAGAUGGACGGCUUAGAGACUCGACGGCAGGUCUUCAUCAUGGCUGCAACCAACAGACCAGAUAUCAUCGACCCUGCCAUACUGAGGCCAGGGCGGCUAGAUAAAACCUUGUAUGUGGGUCUCCCACCUCCAGCAGACCGCCAUGCCAUCCUACUCACCAUUACUAAGGGGGGAACCAAACCUCAGCUGGAGCAGGAUGUCUCUCUGGAAGAGAUCGCCUUCGACGAGCGCUGUGAUUGCUUCACUGGAGCUGACCUGACUGCGUUAGUGAGGGAAGCAUCUAUUAAUGCUCUGAGGGCCUACCUGAAGUCUCAGCAUUCCCCAGCUUCUUUUUCCGGUCACACAUACUGCUCUGGCUCUGUCACUGACAUGAGAGUGAACAAACAGAACUUUGAUGAUGCCUUCAAGAAAGUCCGUCCAUCUGUGUCCAAAAAGGACCAGAGGAUGUACGAGCAGCUCAGAGACUCCCUCAGCAGAUAAGUUCCAUCCCAGAACCACCAACAUCACCAGCAACAGUUCAACUUGUACACUGACUUGUUUAAUGAAUCAUUCUGUCAUGUAUGUAUACAGAUGUAUUAUGGUUGAAUCUGCUUUUAUAAUAAAAGUUGUUUGUAGAAACCAAAGA